CGCUAUAAACUUCCAAACGGUUUAAUAACCGAAGAACCUAUAUACUACUUUAACUUUCCGCGCAAUAUAUAUAACCGUCUAUAUAUUACCCGUAGGCUCAACCCCUUUUACAAUAUAUUCGAUACUAUAUAUAAUAAUACUAAUAUUAAUAAUUAG